CCGCCGCUGUGGUAAUGUCCGCCAUGUUGGCCAUGGCGCAGGGAGCGGAUCGGGCGGGCGAGCGGCGGAUCUAGUGUGUGGAAGCGGCCGCGGGCGGCGGGGGGCUGUUUUCGGGCGGGGUGGGCGCCCAUGCUGUGGCCGGGGGCAGUGAGGAGGAGGAGGAGGAGCGGGCCGGCCGCGCUGCACUGAGGAAGGAGGUGGAGGAGGCGGCGGGAGUCCUCCCCCCCUCCCCGCCCGCCCCGCCGCCGCCGCCCGGGCUGUUCCUGUAAGGCGGGGAGACAAUGAGUAAACUCUCCUUCCGAGCGCGGGCGCUGGACGCCGCCAAACCGCUGCCUAUCUACCGCGGCAAGGACAUGCCUGAUCUCAACGACUGCGUCUCCAUCAACCGGGCCGUGCCCCAGAUGCCCACCGGGAUGGAGAAGGAGGAGGAAUCGGAACAUCAUUUACAGCGAGCUAUUUCAGCACAGCAAGUGUUUAGAGAGAAAAAAGAGAGCAUGGUCAUUCCCGUUCCUGAGGCAGAGAGCAACGUCAACUAUUACAAUCGCUUGUACAAAGGAGAGUUUAAACAGCCCAAACAGUUCAUUCAUAUUCAGCCUUUUAAUCUAGACAACGAGCAACCAGAUUAUGAUAUGGAUUCAGAAGAUGAGACCUUAUUAAAUAGACUUAACAGAAAGAUGGAAAUUAAGCCUUUGCAAUUUGAAAUUAUGAUUGACAGACUUGAAAAAGCCAGUUCUAAUCAGCUUGUAACACUUCAAGAAGCAAAACUGCUGCUAAAUGAAGAUGAUUAUCUUAUUAAAGCUGUAUAUGACUACUGGGUGAGAAAACGUAAAAACUGCAGGGGGCCAUCCCUUAUUCCUCAAAUAAAACAAGAGAAAAGAGAUGGCUCUACCAACAAUGACCCUUAUGUUGCCUUUCGGAGAAGAACAGAGAAAAUGCAAACUCGAAAGAAUCGUAAGAAUGAUGAAGCCUCUUAUGAAAAGAUGUUGAAACUGAGACGAGAGUUUAGUAGAGCCAUAACAAUUUUGGAAAUGAUUAAGAGAAGAGAGAAAACAAAACGAGAAUUAUUGCACUUAACCUUAGAAGUUGUGGAAAAAAGAUACCAUUUGGGAGACUAUGGAGGUGAAAUCCUUAAUGAAGUGAAAAUCAGUAGAUCAGAAAAAGAGUUGUAUGCCACUCCAGCAACUCUUCAUAAUGGAAAUCAUCACAAAGUCCAAGAAUGUAAAACUAAGCACCCUCAUCAUUUGUCUUUGAAAGAAGAGGCUUCUGAUGUUGUUCGUCAAAAGAAGAAGUACCAGAAGCCUAAAGCAGAGGCUUUGAUAACGUCUCAGCAGCCCACUCCUGAGACAUUGCCUGUGAUCAAUAAGAGUGACAUUAAGCAAUAUGACUUUCACAGCUCAGAUGAAGAUGAAUUUCCACAGGUACCAUCCCCAGUAUCAGAACCUGAAGAAGAAAAUGAUCCUGAUGGUCCCUGUGCUUUCAGAAGGAGGGCAGGAUGCCAGUAUUAUGCUCCUCGUUUGGACCAAGCUGACCAUACAUGUGAGAAUUCAGAAUUGGCAGAUUUGGAUAAGUUGAGGUAUAGGCAUUGCCUUACAACACUUACAGUCCCAAGAAGAUGUAUAGGAUUUGCAAGGAGGCGAAUUGGCAGAGGUGGAAGAGUCAUAAUGGACCGAAUAUCCACAGAACAUGACCCAGUCCUGAAACAGAUAGACCCUGAAAUGCUGAAUAGUUUUUCAAGCUCUUCCCAAACUAUAGACUUUUCUUCUAAUUUCUCUCGGACCAAUGUCAGUAAACCUUGUGAAAAUAGACUGUCCCUUUCUGAAAUAUUAAGCAAUAUCAUCUGUCGACUACAGUGUUUCCAGCCAAGGCUACUAAAUUUACAGGACAGUGAUAGAGAAUGUACCUCAAGAAAACCAGGGCAGACUGUGAACAAUAAAAGAGUUUCUGCAACAUCUGUAGCUUUAUUGAACACCAGCAAGAAUGGCAUAUCAGUAACAGGGGGCAUCACAGAAGAGCAGUUUCAGACACAUCAACAGCAGUUAGUUCAAAUGCAAAGACAGCAACUUGCUCAGCUUCAGCAGAAACAGCAAUCUCAGCAUUCCUCACAACAGACACAUCCAAAAGCACAGGGCUCAAGCACCUCUGACUGCAUGUAAACACUCGACUCAGCCAGCGCCCACUUUGCUGCAUCUGCAGUGGUCAGUGCACCUGUUCCAGGUCGCAGUGAAGUACGUAAGGAACAGAACACAGGCCACAGCAACAUAAAUGGUGUCGUCCAGCCUUCAGGUACAGCUGAAAACAUAUACUCCACCAAUAUGGCUUUAUCAUCCAGCCCAGGGAUUUCAGCUGUACAACUUGUAAGGACAGUUGGCCACACUACUACAAACCACUUAAUCCCAGCAUUGUGCACAAGCAGCCCUCAAACACUUCCCAUGAACAAUUCCUGCCUGACAAAUGCAGUGCACCUCAAUAAUGUCAGUGUUGUUUCUCCAGUCAAUGUGCAUAUCAAUACACGGACUUCAGCACCAUCGCCAGCCUUAAAACUUGCCACAGUUGCUGCCAGUAUGGACAGAGUGCCAAAGGUUACUCCCAGUAGUGCCAUCAGCAGCAUAGCAAGAGAGAACCAUGAACCAGAAAGAUUGGGUUUAAAUGGAAUAGCAGAGACAACAGUAGCUAUGGAAGUGACAUAACCUAAAACAUGUGGCUUUUCCUGUGUGGAUGGUGUGCAGUCAUUCGUAUUCCAGCUGAAUGCAAAAGGCGGACACUCUGUGGAUCACAGAGCGUAACAAUGGACCUAAAUGGACUACAAGUAUAUCGGAUGUUUAAAUCGAUAGAUGAUGUAUAUUUUGUAAAAUUGGGAA